AUGUCUGCAACCGUCGAAAUCAAGUCGCCGGCCCAGCUGAGCUCGCUGCUGUCGUCGUCGCGCGUCGUCGUCGUCAAUUUCUACAAUGAGGAAAACACGUCGAGCAAAGCCAUCGCGCCCGUAUACGACCAGCUAGCCGGGCAGCUGUCAAGACCGGGAAAAGUCACCUUUAGCAAGGUCAGCACAGUGCAGCAGGCCCAGAUUGCGCAGAGCUACAACGUCACCAACACCCCCACAUUCAUCAUCUACAAGAACAACCAGCAAAUACGGAAGUACUCGGGCUCGAAUCCGCAACAACUCUCGGAAGCAAUCAAGACGCUCGCCGCCGAGGCCGAGAACGAGGGCAAUGGGCUCGACAGCGCCAGUGGCAGCAGUGGAAGCGGUGCAUGGACGGGCGCCAGCCUGCCACGCGGCUACACGGAUGUCACCGACGUGGUCGACGUGCGCGGGCUGGACCUUCUCAAUGCCGACAGCGACUUUGGCACUGUGCGCACGCUGCUCGAGACGUCUGCGCCCUCGUCGCUCAGCAAGGGCAAGGCCGCCCAGGGCAAAAAGGACUGGGUGGAAAGCGACGUGGACAACCAGCUCAUGCUCUUCGUCCCCUUUACCGCAACCAUCAAGCUGCACACCAUCCACCUGACCUCAUACAUCUCACCCGACAACGCCGAAGACGACGACGAAGCCCCCGUCCGCCCAAAAACAAUCCACGUCUGGACAAACCGCCAGCACAACCUCGGCUUCGAAGAAGCCGACGACGUCCCCGCCACGCAGGUCAUCGAGCUCAAGCCCGAAGACUGGGACCCCACCACACACACAGCCAAGCUGGAACUGCGCUUCGUCAAGUUCCAAAACGUCGCUUCCGUCGUGCUCUUCGUCGCCGACGCAGACGGCGACAGCGAGAAGACGCGCAUCGACCGCAUACGCUUCAUCGGCGAGACAGGCGAGAAGCGCGAAAUGGGUAAGCUGGAGAAGAUUGGUCAGGACGAUUAA